GCUAUAUUUAGACCAUACAUAAACAAAAACAUUACUUUACGUGGACGUCACAAAUGUGAACCUUCUAAAUAUCGAGGUCAUCUAUCUGGCGGGAAUUUCGGAUUCCUGAGGUUCCAUUCACAUUGAUGCUUGUUACUUAUGAUCCCAUAGUAGAAGUGCGGAACACAUACAUCUACCAGAUAUCCACUGGACCGGCUGAUAUUCCAUAAUCCACCCUCGUGAUAGUUGCUAUCAUGGCCUUCGAACCAUUUCCCUCCGAGGCUGUUCAACAGUUCAAUGACCCUGGGCCAUACUUCAUCCGUGAGAAUGGCAAGCUUCGCUCCCCACCUGGCAUGGGCCCUCACAGCCGGUCUCUCCUAGAGUUCAGCCAAGAAACCAAUCCAGCCGCGACACCGGCCAAUUCUACCGACCAUUCAGAAAACACCCCACGGAAACUCUUCGACAUGACGCUAGAUUUUGUUGCGGCCAACGUUGUGCUUGUUGACUCUUUGGUGGGGUUUCCGGAGGUCGUAGGUCAGCAGCUGUUUGAAGCAUCUCAUCGCCAUGGUAACCUCAGCAUCAAUGCAUUGCGACUUUUCAGUGAUGCCUACAGAGAUGCAGUUCUGCGGAGCAUCAAUCUGAGUGGACACCAUCUUGCCAUCAACCAGCACAGUAAUUGUCUAGCUGUCUUCCCAUACUUGACUGAAUUGGAGGUCACAGGUUGUCGCCUAGGAGACGACCAUGAAAUCAUCUCAACCAUUGCGAAUUGCCACAGUUUGACCAGACUAGGUUUGGCCAGCAACAGUCUCUCAGAUGUUGGCAUACAGAGGCUGACUGCUCCUCUAAGAGUGAUGAGAAGAGGUCCAAGGAAGUUAGGCAUCUUAGAUCUAGCAGGUAAUAAUUUAAUCAGUGACAAGUCUGCUGGGCAAUACCUGACUGUAUUCACUUCCCUCCGAGGUAUUGAUCUGUCUGGCUGUAAUAUCAGUUCUGCUGGCCUGGACGUCUUGAGAUCAAAACUAAGACUAGAAACCAACAACUCGACAGCUCCAUCUCCAUUCCACCUGCCAGUCAAGACUGUCGGCUGGGCCUUGCCUUUGAUAGAGCAAUGGAUAGAAUCAAGCACUGAUCUGAUGAAGAGAGGAAAGUCCAAGGCUAGCAAGGCUCAGGCACACGGACCAUCCAACUCAGUUCAUUUCUAUGGACGAGCACGUAAGAGGCUUGAGAAUGUUUCUAGGAGUUCCCUGCCAAAACCCAAACCUCUCGUCUUCCCAGUCAUUCAACUGGUAGCAGCCACCACCAACCACGGUCAACCCACCAGCGACCCAGCAGACAAAAAGGUCAAAAGGUUAAAGGUUAAAAUGACAAUUGACAGAUUGACAAAGGAGCUCAAGAAUCCAGCCACUUGCCGACAAGAAGUUGAAGCCUGCCAAUCCAAAAUGGGUGCCAGCUUGUCUCAGACCACAUUCAACAAGGAAUUAAUUGAACAGUAUGCCAUCGGUUCGAGAGACACAUUUAACAAGAACAAACAAACGAGGAAACAAGAUCACUGGAGCUUUGUUGACGUAGACUCUAAUGAUCUAAAGCAGAGCAGGGAACCACUGAUCCUCAAACAAGAGCCAGUCAGAGUCACAAAACCACCCCCAAAGAAGAGGAUCAAGCUCAGCACAAAGGCCUCCAAGGGAUUUUCGGAUGUUCUGCCGAAUCAAAAAGUUGAAGGUGUUGUACAUGGCGAGCCAAGAUCACACAAAAACCCUUGUGUCGGCCAAGCCUCUGAUUGCAGGAAGUCAGGUGAUCAAAGCCACAUGACCUCCAAGGAUCAUGGGUCAUGUUCGAACCAGAGACAAUCAGCGGAAUACGUUCAUAGGAACCAAGCUACAAGUCAGAAAGGAAAUGGUCUCUGGAAGGCAAUGAACAGUGAAGACUGGGGAUAGAUACCAGAAGGAGCUCACUAUCACAAUAAACACUCAAGAACAAGCAAAAGAAUUACUAGCAACAUGAAACCUUUAAUCACUUUGGUUAAAUAUCCAAUACCAUUCAUAUUGUGACCCUACAUCAGUGUAUGCAUAGAAUAUUAAACAAAUACAACCAUUAGGACGAUUCAAACGCCAAACUAAUAUAAAAGUGAAGCAAAUUUAAAGACAUCAAAAGUGUUUCACUGCAAGGUUACAUCGUUCACCUAAAAUUUGCUUCACUCUUGUAUUCAGCAGAAGUACCAGCCCAUCUUGACUAUUUGAAAAUCUGGGAUUCAUUGCCAUCAAAUUCACUUUUGGACUCGGUGCAUAAAUAACCUUCAGGAAAAAUGACAAAACAUAGAUCACCACAACAGGUAGACACAUCAAUACCAUUUCUGUUGUGUGAACAUACUCAAGCUUGAAAAUGUCACGCGACCUACCCAACGUUUUUUGUUUAUAUUCAGUUGAAAGUUGGUCAUGUCAAGUUUUGUACCGAUAGACAUUUUGCAUUCAUGAUCUUUGAAGGCUACUCAUUUAUCUCCCUGUGGAACAAAAGCACACACCUCAAAGAUGGCCGUAAUGCAAAGGAUCUAUAGUGAGCAUGAAUAUUGGUUUGCAAUCAUAAUAUCAUCUAUAGUACCCCCACAGAGUACAUUGUAUUUAACACAAAUUCAUAAAUACCUGAGAGUUUACCAAUUCCUAUUGAUUGAGAGCCCAUCACGUGGGCGAUUUUAAACUGCCGUUAAAACACUGCUACGUUCUGUGCCACAUCAUGCCAUGAGGGCACCAAUUUACAUGUAAGGAGAUAUUUAGAGAUACGCAUAGACAUGGCCAUACCAUAGACAUGGCCAUACCAUAGACAUGGCCAUACCACAGACAUGGCCAUACCACAGACAUGGCCAUACCACAGACAUGGCCAUACCAUAGACAUGGCCAGAGGGGUGUUUCGCAAAACAUUAAGCAAAAUUGUUGAACAAGAUCAUUUUCAAAUUUAUGAAUUUUGGAGUUGUUUUGACCAAGAGGUAUUUAUGAAUGGGAAUAAAUAUGUGCUUGACCGGUAUUCAACAAGUAAGCUUAAAACCGGCUCAGGGCCUGGACACGGAUGACUCCAGCCUUCGGCUUGGGCCAUUAUCCACGUCCAAAACCCUAGCUGGUUUUAAACAUACUGAUAUAAGAUUU